AUGUGGCCCCUGUUGGUGCUGCUGCUGCUGGGCUUGGCAAGCUGCGUUAAAACUCAGCUAUUAUUUACUACAAUUAAAUCUGUAGACUACAACAUUUGCAAUGAUACAAUUCUCAUACCAUGCUUACGCACUAAUGUGGACGAACUGAGCCAGAAAAACAUGUAUGUAACUUGGAAAUUCAGAGGUAAAACCAUUUUCUAUUAUGAUGGAAUAAAAAAUCAAUCCGUGCCCAUCAGAAAUUUUUCAAGUGCAUACAUCAUACUAAAGGAACUACUAAAAGGCAAUGCCUCUUUGAUUAUGGACAAGAGCCAAGCUAUCCCAGGAAACUACAUUUGUGAAGUAGCAGAAUCAACGAGAGUAGGUGAAACCACCAUAGUACUAAAAUAUCAUGAUGUUUUAUGGAUGUCUUCAAAUGAACAUAUGCUUAUUAUUAUUUUCCCAAUGCUGGCUGUGCUUAUGUUCUGGGGAAAUGGUAUUGUGAUACUUAAAUAUAAUUCCAAUAUUACGAAGGAGAAAAUCAUCAUUUUAUCUGUGACUGGACUAAUCCUCAGUAUACUUGUCAUUGUUGGAGUCAUUUUAUUCACCCCAGGUGUAUAUUCAACAUCGGGGACCACUGGACUUGGUUUAAUUGUAGUACCUACAAUAAUAUUAAUAUUAUGUCAGACCUCUAUGUUUAUUAUAGUUAAUGGGAUGCACCACAUCAGCAUCAUAUUAUGGGCCAUUCAGGCUCUGGGCCUUGUUAUCACUCUGACCGGACUAAGCUUCUCUAUCUCAGAGUGUAUCCUGGUACAUGGUUCUCUUCUGAUUUCACGCUUGGUUAUUACAGCCUUAGUGUCAUUACUGGGAUUAGUUUAUCUAAUAUUUGUUGUAUGUUCUAAGAAGAAGACUAUACAGCCUAAUAAUAAGGCUUUAAAUAAAUAA